AUGCCCUCGCAUGAAGUUGGCCCGUUUCAGGAGAGAAAGGUUUUCGGCAUCUUUGACAGAAUUCUGGACGAGACCGAAUCUCUUCCCACACAUUACCAAUACCGACCUGUGCCAAUCGAAGCCUUCAAACAAUACUUCCACCAAGUAGAACGAACCGCUGAUUCCUCAACCAAGUCGAUUGACAAUAUUUCGGUAUUCGAGCUCCGAGUGGAACGAUUGCAAAUGUCCAACCAGAUCGCGAAGACGGCGAGAAAUUAG